AUGUCUCUCUCUGAAGAGAAGGGUGGCGUCGCCGAGAUCGAGCGCAUUGAUUCGGCGGAGUCGAAGCGCAACAAUGACCUUAUCAACACAUUCACUCCCGAGGAGCAGAAGAAGAUCAUCCGCAAGGUCGACAUGCGCUUGAUCCCCGUUCUUGGCUGCAUGUACUGUGUGUCCUUGAUGGAUAGGACCAACUUGGGUGUUGCCAUGGUUGCUGGUAUGGGAACCGACCUCAAGCUCACUGGCGAGCGCUACAGCAUCGUUGUCUUGCUCUUCUUCAUCACAUACGUCGCGCUGCAGCCCCCUGCCACCGUCGUCCUGCGCAAGCUCGGUCCUCGCAUCUUCCUUCCAUCCAUCGUCGUCAUCUGGGGAGCAGUCAUGAUUGGCUUCGGUUUCGUCAAGGAGUGGCACACUCUCAUCCCUCUCCGUCUCCUGCUCGGUAUCUUUGAGGCUGGCUUUUUCCCUUCCAGCGUCUACUUACUUUCAUCUUGGUACGAGCGCUUCGAGCUUCAGAAGCGCAACACUCUUUUCUUCCUCAUUGGCAUGCUGUCAUCGGCCUUCUCUGGAAUUCUCGGAUAUCUGUUCUCCCUCCUCCAGGGCCACGGUAUCCAGGCCGCUCCAUGGCUCGGUGUCCACUACGGACCCACCAAGGCUAAGCCUACCACUCCUGUAUCCUUCGGCCCUGGUCUCAGUGGUUGGCGCUGGAUCUUCAUCCUUCAGGGUGUACUUACUGUUGUCAUCGGCUUCGUCGGCUGGUAUUUCAUCGUCGACUUCCCGGAGCUUGCCAACAAGCCUGGCAUGGGCAAGAAGUUCCUUAACCAGUCGGAAGUCGACUUCAUCGUCGCUCGGAUUGAGAGAGAUCGUCACGAUGCGCUUCCUGAAGAAUUCAACAUCGGAAAGUACCUCAAGAACGCUCUCGAUCUCAAGAUCUGGGGCUUCGCCGCCAUUUUCAUGCUCACCACCACCAUCACCUACGCCAUCGCCUACUUCCUUCCCAUCAUUCUGAAAGACGGCAUGGGCUUUAACACCGCUGCUUCCAACUGCCUCAUCGCACCUCCUUAUGUCUUUGCCGGCUUUGUCAUGAUGGGCUUUGCUUAUCUCGGCGACAAAUACAGGAUCCGCUCCGUCUGGGUCAUCGUCAACGGCGUCAUGGCUCUCAUCGGCCUGCCAAUGAUCGGCUUCUCCAGCAACGUCGGCGUCCGCUAUACCGGUGUCUUCCUCGCCACCGCCGCUGCCAACGCCAACGUUCCCGCCGUCCUGACAUGGCAGGCGAACAACAUCCGCGGCCAGUGGAAGCGUGCUCUCUGUUCUGCCACCCUUGUCGGCGCCGGUGGCAUCGGCGGAAUCAUCGGCGGUACCGUCUUCCGGACUCAGGACAAGCCCAAUUACGUUCCCGGCAUCACUGCCUGCAUGAUCGCUGCUGGUCUUAUUGUCGUCAUCGCUCUGCUCAUGAACCUCAAGUUCUGGCGGGCCAAUAAGCGCGCUGAUGCUGGUGGCAAGAUCAUCGAGGGUCUAGAGGGCUUUAGGUACACUUUGUAG